AUGAAGUUCUACUUUGCUAUCCUGAUGUAUGCUUCUUUAGGAUCUUUCCAGGCGGCGAUUACAAAGGGAGAUCUUUCCUCAGAGUUUACGAACUCAGCGGCUUUGGACGAAGCUGAGAAACUAACAUUGUACUGGAGUGUGGACUGGAAUGCAAGAUCGAUUUCUUUCGCAGUGGAAGCACAAACUACUGGAUGGGUUGGUUUUGGCAUUUCAACCGGCCGAGGGCAAAUGAUUGGAGCGGACAUCGUAAUCGGAGGAGUUACAGAUAAUGGAAAUCAAUAUUUUUCGGUAGGAUAUUGAGGACUUACGAGCCCGUUUCUCACUUAUUUUGGGUAAAAAAGGAUGCUCCCAAGAGUCUGUCAAUCAUAAGACGCAUCUGCAAGCAAGCUUUGGAAUUUUCCCAAAUUUUAUAUAUAUAUAUUUUUUUCCCUUGGUUUCAUAAUGCCUUUUUAUAGUCCACGGCUGUUUCGUGAGAACUGUCAUUGUGUAACAAAUUAAUUAGAUGUGAUAGCAUUGAAAUUUUAGCGGCGAUCGCUAUUUAUUAGUCCAAAGUAGUAACUGAAGAAUACAGCAGAAUUCCUAACCUUUUCACCAUGUUUUAUUUAACGUGUCCUAUCGGCAUUUUGGGCGUGUGAAGUGCAGUUGGUUUCUCAUUUCUCCAAGUGAUGUUAUGCAACAAUGAUUCUCAUCAGAUUUGUGUUGAACGAGCGUGACCAAAUUUAGCCUGCGGGCAAGCUCCCAGGGGAGGUUUGUGCCGCCCUCGGUCUUAAACCCUAAAGAAAAGGAAGGAGAGCUCGCAACUACGCCUCUGGAAGUUGAAUUCCAAUUCCCCUGUGACUCCCCGUCGACAGAGCUGUCAAAUUUCCGCCAAUCAGCCCGAAGUGGAAACGAGCGCGAAUGUAAACAAACAUUGAAAACCACGUUCAAAGGGUAAUGACGUCAUUACUAAUGUCAUCCCCGCCAAUCAGCAUCUUGCAUCGACUUUUUCGAUGCAAAUAUUCGAAUUCUAAAGACGUAGUUGCAAGCUCUCCUUCCUUUCAGAGCGUCCCGGAGAGCUUGCUCGCAGACUAGACCAAAUUAGAUAUUAAAAAAACAAAGACCGCGUACCGUGAUGGAGAACGCGAAGGGGUGAAGUGAAACCUCGAUACUGAGGCCGGGGGGAGGGGGGUGCUCAAACCCCUUUCGCAUGCCUUUUAUUGACAAAUGCCCCUUUCACACAAUAGUUUAAUGACAACAAUGCAAGCCCUUUUAACUGCUGUGAAUACACUUUCUUGAGAAUCUGAAUUAAAUCACUAACGCAGGCAGUUUUCCUGUCUUUCACAGCUAUAAAAUGCACCUGUUUGCCAAAUGACAAAUUUCCAUACUUUUUCAUAUACUUCAGCUCCUGUUUUCAGCUAGUAAAAUCCAUACCCUUUCAUAUACCUCAAGCCUGAAAUACUGCGUUCUUUCAAACGGAGCCUCCCCGUAUAUAAGCUAUUUUAAGGGGUUCUGCCCAGGACUAAAUUAUCCUGAUGCUCUGUAAUUUCCUUUGUUGUUCGUCAAUAGGAUCGAUAUGCGUCUUCUUACAGCACUCCGGAAUCAGACUCAUCCCAGGAUUAUAAGCUUAUUUCCUUGACAGAAACAGAUGGUAAAACAACCAUGAAAUUUGAACGGAAAUUUGAUACCUGCGACGACAAAGACAACAAAAUUGAGGUAUGGGUUCUUAGCGUUAACCUCAAGAAUCCACCGUGAAGAGGACCUCUGUCAGUUUCUCAACUGUUUGAGAAAAUGCUAAACUUUGCUCUUUACUCUUUAGGAGGGAACAUCCAAGGUCAUUUUUGCUUAUAAUGACGCAGACCCGACGUCAUCAGGUGCUUUUCUAAAGCAUACGUAUAAAGGGUCCCGAAGCGUGAUGUUACUGAACACUGGAGGCAAAACAACUAAACUACCUGCAAACAUGAGUUACCUUGAUAUACUUAACAAUAAGGUAAAACUGCUCUUUUCUGUAUUCAUGUUUUAUUUUAUUUGUUGUUCUGUCAUAAAGUGAGAGCCAGUAGAGAUCACAAUGUGACAGUGCUAACUGGCUUAAUUUGUUAAUACGUUUCAGAUUGAAAGUAAAUUGCAUGUGUUUGAUGAGGGUCGUGAAGGGGUAAAAUGGGAACUGGGAUUAGCCUUAUUGUGGACUGGGAAAAUGGGAUUUACUCACUGGGACUGGGAUUUAGCCACUGGGAAUGGGAUGAACAAUUAUAAAAUGGGAAUGGGAUUUCUUUUCUUCAGCGGUAUUUGCUCCAAUAUUUUGAAAUAGAAAAAUAAAAUUUCGUAGCGAUAGACCUUGCACUCCUCAGUAGAGACCGUGAAAUCAGUAUUUUUCGCCUUCGCGCCCGCGGUCUAGCUACCAGCUAGCAGUGAAAGCGGAGACAGUGAGUCAGACGAGGAUUGUGCAGAUGAUAGAAUUGGUUUUCAUAUGGUUAUGUCAACAAGAGCUGGAAGAGAAAGAGUGUUCACCAGCAGAAUGAGAGAUUUUCUUCAGUCCAGGUGAAGGUACGUGUAUCCAAAUAGCGUCAAUCAGUGCUUUUAAUUUAUUAUGCGCAUGAUUUUGCAAAUAAUCAUUAGUAAUGGGAUUUUAGAUUUGGUAACUGGGAUUUUGGCAAAAAUUAGCCUGGGAACUGGGAUUUGGGCCAAAUUUAGGCUGGGAACUGGGAUUUGGUACCCCCCUUCACGACCCUCUUUGAUGUGUGAGCUCUUCAUGAUAACACUCGCACAACGGCAAGUGCAAAGAUGUCCUUUCUGCCAACCGUGCCUGUAUACCUAAUCCUGAUUUUCUUGAGUUCAUUUUUAAGAAAGAACUGCAAUGACCACUUUUUAUUACAUCAGGUAUAUUUAUAAAUACAAAGCAAUUAAACAGACAUAACUUGAAGCGUCCUGGACUGUAGAUUCCCACUUUGCGCUCUGCAAAUAACUUUCGUAAUAUAAGCUAAUGACAUUUCGCACCCAACAGAGUAAUAAAUUAAAGUGGUGUCUAACUAUGUGCGGAUAGGCUUUAUAUGGUUGUACAAACAACAAAACAUUUGUUCUAAUCAGACCAAAGUUCCAGGGAACAAAACAGUGUACUGGUGCAGCGUGUUUGAAAUCCCCAGGAUGGAAAAAAAGCAUCAUGUUGUCAAGGUAUUUGCGUUUGUUGUGUAUAGUCUGUGUAAUUCAGUCUCAAUCACUUAUUCGGAGUUAUAAUUAUAUAAUUAUCAUACUAGUGUUACGUGAAACCAGCAGGAGAUGGUAGAGCCAUCCAUCAUGUGCAAAAAUGUUCCUUAAAUUUCCUAAUUCUUCUCUCUUUUCCAUCCAAAAAGCCGAAACUUGCCCAAACAUUAGAUUAUACGAAUAUUGCCAAUAAUGCGAAAAGGUUUUCUUCUAGUUAAAAUAGUCAGUGAGAAAUAGUUCAUGACGGAAAAUAAAGUUGGAGAUACAUGUCAUAUUUACAUGACCGUUACUCGGACUGCGUGGUUACACUCGUAUGAUAAAUCUUUUCCGUAUUCAAUGCCAGUGAACACGUCGCUUGGGUUACCUUGGGUGCCAGAGACUUUUCAUGCGCGGUUUUCCAGUUCGAGUCAAGUUUAUGACUUCGACUUUCGCGUGGCGAAGAUCUGUAGGCCGACGCCAAAGCAUGCCGCCGCGCCCCAGAAAAAUCUCUGGUGCAAACGUGGGCAAUUCCAUACAAUCAUUUUAUUUUUUUAACUCAAGCCUGCAGUUAGUGCCGUUGCUCUAAAAGUGAAGGAGUACAGUAAAAGGCAUUCUUAAAUUAGGUGAUUUAGCAACACAGUAGAAUUCCCUUCCCUUAACUUGGUAAAUAUUUAUUUAGGUGGAGCCUAUUGUUCAGAAAGGUCAUGAAGGACUGGUUCACCAUAUCUUGGUGUACGAAUGUUCCUAUGACUUCCCUACGGCCUUUCUAAAUCACUCUGGACACUGCUAUGACAGAUCAACCCCAGAGGCGAUCAUGAGGUGUGCUGGUCAGUCAACUGUGGCUGCUUGGGCCAUAGGAGGAGGGGUAAGCAGUGUUUACCAUCAAAAACAUCAUAUUUACCAUCUCCAUUAUCACCAUAAUCAUCAUCGUCGUCAUCAUCAUCACUAUCAUCACCACCGCCAUCAUCAUCAUUAUCAUCAUCAUUGUCAUCAUCAUCAUCAUCAUCAUCAUCAUCAUCAUCAUCAUCAUCAUCAUAUUUAUCACCAUCUUUGUCUUAAACAACUUGAAGUUUGUUUGUCCUUAUCCCGCAAGGUUUUAAAUUUGUAGCCAGCAACUUUAUCUCGACACUACACCUUAGGAAAAAAAUAAAAUCCGGGCACUCUCUACACCAUUAAAACCUUCAUACUUAUUAGUAAAUGGACGGUACUAAGAUAUCCUUGAAUAAAUAAAAUUUAUUCCUCAAAUUUACUUUUACAGAGUUUUUACUACCCUGAACACGUGGGGAUGAAAAUAGGUACUGAUGGUACACCAAGAUAUAUUGUCAUGGAAACACAUUAUGACAACCCUGAUAAAAGAACUGGUGAGAGCACCUUUAAUUCGGAGCAUGGAAAGAGUACUGUAACAACAGCUAUACCUUAGCUAAUUACUUAAAGCAUUUUAAAAUUAGGUCCAAUGGAGAAUCAUGUAUUCAGGCCGUGAAACUUGAUAGCAGAUGCAAGAAAUUCAUUGUCAUAUUUUCGUGUAUAGUGUUUUACCUUUAUCAAUGCUGAAUUCACUCUUUAAAAUGUUUGUAAAAAGCGAUAACAGCCAAUUGAAACAGGCACCUCAGAUCCCUUGCCGGCCUUUCUCCUCGCAUCCAUUUUCUUCUACUUUCUAUAACGAUCACACCUCUCUUAGACAAAUCUUUAGUGACUGUACGUACCACCUUGGAUAAACUUGAUCGUUUUCACUUCUACCUUAGCUUUAAAAAAAAAACAAAAAACAAAAGGUUAGCUUCAUGUCACAUGGCACGCUGAUGACCACAGAUAUCCCUUUCUUCAAAAUUUCCUCUGUUUAGAAAGCAAUGAACCGAAUAAAUUGACCUUCUACUCAAUUUCUCACUCACCUAUUUACUUACCUACUUUACUGUUACUUACUUAUACUUAAAACUGUGAAAGGUUUUCACCCGGAUGAUCAUACUCAACCUACUUAUGUUACUUAUACUUACUUAUUAACUUACUUACGAAACCGUAGCCAUAUUGACUUCAGUUUCCAAUAUAUAAUGCCUAUAGUAAUGCCUUGUCCUUUAAAUCUCAGACUUCGUGGACAGUUCAGGACUUCGUUUCUGGUACACGGAGCAAACUCGGAUGUAUGAUACUGGGGUGAUAUACGCUGGCUGGGGAGUACAACAUCAUAUGAUGAUACCACCAAAACAGAAAGAGUGGAAAACCAUUGGAUACUGUGCAGCACCAUGCACAGAGAAGGUUAGUAGGUUACCGUUCAGCGUUUUUUUAAAAUUGUUAUUAUGAGUGUGUCCAAAACGAAGACUGCCCAAAUCAGCGAAUGCUGGAGGAGACAUUAACGAUAAAUAACUAAACUACGAGGGGUUUUUUCUAGAAAAGAAAAAAUAAUCUUUCAAGUGGGCGAGCGCUUUGGCUCCGUUCUACUAAUGCUGAAAUCAGAACAGCUAAUAGCGAAUCAGAUUUGACAAUUUGUUAUACUUAUAAUGACGAUGAUAAUAAUUAUAAUUCAACAUUUAUCAUGUUCGUCGUCAUCAUCAUCAUCAUCGUCAUGAUCAUCAUCACCAUCAUCGUUAUUGUAUCAUUGUCUUCCUUUGUACAAGAUAUUGCCCUAUUUUACCAUAUAGCCGUAUCACGAUAAUGAGAUGGAUGAUGAACAACUAUGCACGUCAACCAUAAUUGAAUAUCGUUAUUCUAGUUUGAAUUUGAUUUACAUGUCGAAUAGCUAACAACGUGAUUUUCGAUGUUUUAGGCUUUGGAAAAAUCUCCACUGCAAGGACAUAAAAUUAAAAUUUUUGCAGCUUUGCUUCACACUCAUUAUGCAGGUAAAUAAUUAUAUCCAGCAUAAAUUAAUCAUUUUAAUUAUGUUCAUCCACGUGCGUAAACGUAAAGUAUGAAGAAAAGUAUCGUUUUACGUGCCUCAUUUUUUUUUCUUUUAAAACAACCUCUUCUAAACCAUUGUCGGACAUUCAGGAAUGAGAAAGUUGUAUUGGAUUGAAACAAGAGAGCUCAUUCUCCCUUAGUUAAAAUCAUAUUUGAAGACAGAGGGGACCGACAAACUUAGAAUACUUACUACUUAAUUCUUCAGCAACUGAGGUAACGUCGUCGAUCAUUUUAUAUUCUCAUUCCAAGUAUCUUCUUAUACUGAAUAUUAACUUAUACUUCCAUUAUGUCUGACUACUCACCACGCCUGUAAUGUAUCUCUGUUAUAGGUAGAAAAGUACAUGUCCACCAUAUUAGGAAUGGAAAAGAGCUCAAAGAAAUUGUUUACGAUAACCAUUACGACUUCAAUUUCCAAGUACGUAUUCUCUAGCAGCUGUGAAAAGCGUACCACAUCAAAUUUUCACCAGUUUAUUAUUCCUAAUGAGCGUGAAUUAACCUGGAUUGAACUGGAUCGAGUUGUGAUUUCAAUGAAAUAAAGACUUGGCACCCUUCCCGAAGUAGGUUUACCGUCAAGAGAGGAGUUGGGGGGAAGGGGAGAGGAGAGAGGGUAGGGUGCAGCUGCAUGCAGGCUAUUGAAGAAGACACUCCAGGACUGUCCCGGUAGUUUUAUGGCAUUGAUCCCCUAAUUUCUUUUUCGCUUUUUUUUUCAAUUUUAGGAAUAUCAAAUGCUAAAGGAGGAAGUUGAGGUUUUUCCGGUAAGUCACAAAUACUGUUUUGCCUAUUUUAACUUAGUAGAAAAAAUGGCAGCUGGAAUCCUUUAAAACAGACCACGAAGAAAAGAAUAUUCCAAAGAGGAUAUCUUUGAAUCUCCUAAAUACAGCUGAAUUUCAUCUCAGCUGAUUUCUCCGGCGAAGUUAUCGAAGUUACCCAUAUCCUAAUAACGAGGGAAAGAAUAUAGAAAUGAAGUCUAAAAAUGCUUAGUAACAUUUUAUUCUCAGGGAGAUGAAUUCAUUGUUGCCUGUACCUACGACACUGAGGACAGGAAUCAAGUGACUUUUGUAAGUGAAAACCAGAAGUAUAUAGGGAGCUCACUUAAGUCCAGUUUUUUUUUUUCAUACAAAAAAGCAUAAAGAAAAAAAAAAAGAAAGAAAAAGCCAAAUAUACAUGUAAAUAACGUUUUGAUAUUUUAAUAAUUCUGAAAACGCUUUUAGCAGUACGGUAUAAUACUUCAAUUUGUUACCAACUGAGUUGAAAGAAGGUGGAUUGGCCACUGUAAAGAUGUUUGUCUGCUUCAGUCUCCCAACAGAUCCCUGAAUGCAGUGAGCAUGCCUAAUUUGUUCCUAUUUAGCGUUUUUCAGUUCUCUUUUUUACUUCCUAUGAAAACGUUGUUACAGUUAGGUGUAAGCUUAAAAGUUAUAAGGACCCCCCAAAAUUUGCGAAUAGUCCUGUUAUGCACAGUCACAAUCCAGAUACGACAUCGACUCGCAAUUAAAACAACUCGAUCGCUUAUAUUUAAUUGAUUACACUCCUAGUCAUACUCAAAGAAAAAAAAAACAUAGACAUAUCAAAUGACCUUUAUCGUGCUUGUUAAACCCGUUAGUCGCCAUUUACCAAUAGAGUUUGUCUUCAUUAGACCUAAAUCAACUCUAUCAAAGGUGUUCCGAUGCAGCCAAUUUUUAAAAAACCUAAAAAAUACAACCUUUUAAUCGAGAAUGACGAACAAAGAAGCAACUUUUCCUCAAAAGCAAACUGGUUUUCUUCCAUUGGUCAGCAAAUGUGUUUGAUAUAAAUAAUUUUUAAUUAGUUCUCACUAAUUAUUUUUUAGGGUGGUCUGCAAACGUUGGACGAGAUGUGUCUGGCUUUUCUAAUGUACUACCCCAGCGCUAAUUUUACCAAAUGUGCCAGCGUUUCUAAGGAUGCUGCAAAUAGAUUCUUUUCGAAAUACGCGUGGUAAGAAUCUACAAUCUCGUAACUGUAGCUCUAGUUUCCCCGAGGGACUAAGUCAUUAAGUGACUUUUUUGUUAUAUAACCCAAGAAGAAAACUUCUACGUGUUACUGUAUAAUUUUAUCAAAGUAAAUUUCAGCCAGCAUUAAACAUUAGGGUGCAGCGUGAGAUGUUGUAAUGUUGCUCGCUCACAGACUUUUGGCCGGAAACAUUUUUAUUGCUAGAUGUCAUGUGAUCUCGAAGUAACUAAUGUGAGCAUGAACUGUUGGGAAUAAUUCCAGCCAUAUAACAAAUCUGAUAUACCAGCCAAUGUACAGGUUUUAUGAAUUAAAUGUUUAAUUGGGUAUUGCUCCAUGUAAGGUAAUCCAAGACUGUGUCGGAUUCUGGAUUCCACUGAAAGUGAAUUCCCGAUUCCAUUUACUGGAUUCCUGAGUUUUUGUCAGUGGAACUCCAAUAGUUAGUGGGAUUCCGGAUUCCCUGAACUCUCGCGAUCUAUUCAGGAUUCCAAAGGCAAAAGUUUCCCGUAUUCCGGAAUCCGUAUGCCCUUACAUAGGGCGAUCGGUAGUUGCAUUUAUAUUGCAUUUUUUCCUCUCAUUGCACUACAGGAAUGGAACACAUUCCAUCCCUUUCCCGCCAAAAAUAUGGACCAGUGAAAUGACACAAGAUCUGCGAGCAGCUUAUGACGCGGAUCUUGAACUUAAACUGAGAUGCAAAGCCGCUGGUAACCGCGGUAUACAGGUAGGUGCGGAGUUUAAUACAGCCGGUCUGCGGCGGAAUAAACUCUUUUAUUUCGGGGAUGCCGCGAGCCUAAGGUUCGUCGCCUAUUUCUUUCCAAAGGAACAAUUUUCCCUUCACGAACCAUUUCAAACUUUUUGUUGAAAGUUUCACCGACGCAGUGAUAGAAAAGAAAACUCGCGAUCUUUUAAACUAGCCAACUGCAAAGUGAAAUGAAGACAUAGUUUUCGGAACUCAGAUUAGGAUGACACCAUUGAAAUUUUAAAAGACAGAUAAAGAUUCGUCGUCGAGCGUCUUCCAUUUAAAUUGGCAUUUGGGAAACUAAAUGUCCUGUGAAGUACAGAGGCGAGGAUGUGGCAAAAGAAAUAUAAUGGUUAGGCAAGGAUGUACCUAAAAAGCGAUACACUUGCACAUGUCUGCUACUCGAAUAAGACUGUGGUUUCUUGUAAUUGAUUCUGAUUUUUGUUUAUUGCAGUAAAGGGGUAAUAAAUGUAUAAAGAACCUCUUUUUUUUGUUUUGUGUCUGCAGGGUGUUGACAAGGCAAGGAAGCCGAGAAUCACAUCUCCGUAUAAACCGGUAGAGUCUUGUUUGACCACGAAGAGCAGUGCUAAUGACGUCACCCUGAAGACUGGAAGGACUGGGUACCUGUUUGUGGCGGUCGCUUUGGUCAUAAUCAUGCGUGUAGUGUUUUGA